GUUGCAUUCACCAAGCACACGACCGCGUGGCAUGAUGGACGUCGGCACGAAGGCGUUAGUGGUGCAUUCGUCGGCCGUUGACUUGAUGGAGGCUUCAAUGCAUGUGGAAGCAGUGGUUUACGUGCUUCUUGGCGCCGGCCUCAUGAGCGUAUACGUGUACUUUGUCACGCGAGUCGACAAGGUGAUGCGCCGCAAGCGAUUCACCGACCGCAUGAAGUCGUACGCGCAAGUGCUGCGCGACGACCGGAGGCUUCGCAUGGAGCGAGUCCAUCGAAUGCAAGCCAUUCUGGAAGACGAACAUGGCGAAGACGACAGCGACGAUGACAGGAUCGACGUCGAUGCCGACGUCGUUCGAUUGGUGCUCUCGUAGUAGCUCACCCACCUCUCCUUCGAUCCGAUGCCAGCCACAGCUCUCCGUUUGCAGUUCCACUUAUGCGACUUAACUUAUUGCUUCAUGUGCUUCUUGUGUGAUUCUGCGAUUGUUCAACCGGGUUCAUGCUAUCCCAUGGCGUUGUGUUGGCUGGCAAGUGUUGUAGCGGGCGACGGGACGCCCAGCAGUCUUUUUACUGGCGUGUCCACCAGAACGAGCGGGGCAAAGCAGUGCCAAUUUUGUCAUGGCCAACGUGGCCGCCGGUGGGUGCAUCGCCAUGACACCAUCCAGCAGCAAAAGCCACGCGGAUUGGUGCUAAAAUAUGUUAUAAAAGUAAUUUACAACAGUG